AUGGCGCGUUCCGGCAGCGAUGGCGACAGCGAUGACGCCAUGCAGUACAGCAAGCCGCUGCGCCAGCAGAAGAAGCUCUGCGAUGAGGCCAUGGAGCUGGUCAACGCCGGCGUGGCCAUGCAGAACGCGUCGCCGCCCGACACGGCCGGCGCGGACGCCAAGCUCUCGCGCGCCGUGACGCUCAUGGAGCAGGCGCUCGCCAUCGAGUACCCGACGCAGGAGGAGCGCGACGCCAGUCAGCGCCUCAACAACAAGAUGAACCGCUACGUCAAGAUGAUCCGCAGCCAGCGCGAGAAGGGCGCGACCGGGGGAGCCCCGGGACGCGGUCACAACACCAAGUACAACAUCCUGCCCAUGGACAAUCUGCCGUCCACGUACAACGUGAUCCUCGAGCUGCUGACCAACUCGUCGACGGCCGGUGAUAUCUUCGAGAGCAUGAAGACCACCUUCGGUUUCCAGGAAGCUAAUGUGACCAACCAGAAGGAGCACGUGAUGCUCAUGCUGACGAACUUCAAGCUCCAGGAGGAGGAGCCGAACCAAAACGGCGACGAGCACCACCAGCUCGACCACCAGCAGGAGCUUGACAUGGCCAACAAGGGUAUCAAGCGCCUCCACGAACGCAUCUUUGCCAACUACACCAAGUGGUGCAAGUACGUUUCGACCAAGCCUGCGUUCACGAGCGACCCGCUCGUGGAUCUCGUGCUGUUCUUCCUGAUUUGGGGAGAGGCUGGUAACUUCCGCCAGACGCCCGAGUGCCUUUGCUUCCUGCUGCACACGUCGCUUCCGCAGGCUUCGUCUCGUGGCGGCAGCAAGAAUCCUGGCGACUUCCUUGCCGAGGUCAUUCGCCCUAUGUACAACGAGAUCAAGAAGGAUAACGACAAGAAGACAGCGCAGGGCGCCCGAGCUUCUCACGCGGAGAUCCGUAACUACGAUGACUUCAACGAGUUCUUCUGGAGCAAAAAGUGUCUGAAGUACAACCCGACGACCAUCCACGAGGCAUUUGGCGAAGUGGACAAGAAGGGUCGCCCGAAGGUCAUCAAGAAGAGUUUCGUGGAGAAGCGCACGUGGUUCCGCGCGCUGAUGUCUUUCCGCCGUAUCUUCUGCUUCAACUGUGCGCUAUUCAUGGCUGUUCUCGGAUUCUCUAUCAACGUGGUGAUGUAUUGCCCGGACACGCCAAUUUUGUACGGCGCCGAUCUGAGCAACGGAAACUCUCGUGGCUUCACCGUUUUCGGCAAGAAUAUGACGGCAUCCGACUAUACUGCUAUCGGAUCUGGCGAUGGAUCUGGUGAUAAGUCGAGCUCGGGAUCGGGAGCUAGCUGUAACCACCAGAUGCUGGCGACUUGCCUGGGUAUGACCUACACGGAGGGUAUUUUCGAGAAUAUUCCUAUUGAUUUCAAGGCACUGCUGCAGCUUGUGCCGUUCACCGACUGCGUGGAGAAAUCUACGGGUCGCUGCGGCUGCUACUUGGAUUUAAUCGACAAUUGCUUUUCGGAAACCGGUCAGACUACUCACGUCACCGAAGACGAGCUUACGUUUUCGUCAUCGAGCGAGUACGACCAGAGCAUGUGUGUUGUGAACUGGCGCGCUGCCGUUGAGUCCAUCAUUAAGGACCCGGGUCCGGGUAAGCUGAACUGCGAAAUCUGCCAACUGGACAUCAAGGCGUUGAUCACCAACGGUAAAAUCGGUGAUCUCAUUGCUGGACUGUUAUCUGUUGGAGACGGCACGCCCCUUUCCGAUGGAGACAUCACUAAUACGAAACGGACGGAUAUGGGUGCGCUUGCCAUGUUUGGCGGUGUCGGUUGUCUUGGUCUCGUCUUUGCAUGCGAGUUCUUGAACAAGAUCUUCUCGCGUGUUGGAUCAGGCUACGUCGGGCGUUCGAUGCCAGUUCCAAUCCGCGCAUACUGCCGGUACACGUGUUUUUGGCUUCUGCUUUUCAUGUGCAAGCUGACCUUCGACUACCAGUACAUGAUGAAGGCCCUGGUGGAAACAACGUUGUUCAUUUGGUACGCGAACGAAGACGAGUACCUCAAGUACUCGAACUUCAUUCUCCAGGUCACGUUCCACAACAUCAUCUACAUCCUGUUCUUGUGGAUUCCGGCGUUCUUCGUGUUCAUGUACGACGCGCAGAUCUUCUACUCUGUGCUGUCGGUGAUCUUCGGUUCGUUUGCGGGUUUCAACCUUCGCAUCGGUGAGCUGCGCUCUUUCCGUGUUCUUCGACUUUCGUUCAAGUCCAUUCCCCGCAUGUUCAACAAGAAGAUUGUCCCCAACAUUCAGGAUGGAGCUGCCGAUGGCAAGAAGAAGAAGAAGAAAAAGAAAAAGGGUGAGAAGGAAGAGUCAACAAUGCCCGUGCGUCACUUCGAGCGUGUGUCAAUGGCUGACGGAAUCAAGCCUCUUACGGUGAAAGCUCAAAUGUACUCCAACCUUCUGGAUCAACAUGGAGAAAUGUACAACGAAGUCAAGACGCCCAAUGACAAGGAUGACGCAAGCUCUAGCGGCCGUCAGUCUCAAUUGGGUUCAGUAACCGGUGUCUCUGGCGCCGACUUCGAGCGUACUAUUCCUUUUGCGAUGGCCUGGAACCGUUGCCUCGGCAGUUUGCGCGAAGCUGACGUUAUCAGCGACCGCGAGCUGAACGUGCUGAGCUACUUGAUCGACUCAAAGGACGCAGAAGACCGCAAGUUGUACCCGCCUGCUUUCUUGACGGCCGGCAAGCUGGACGAGUCUCUUGAUAUCAUUGUUGAUUGCUCAGCUGUGUACGAGAAGCUGAGUUCCGACAAGAAGAAAAAAGAAAAGGCGCUGCAGAAGAUUGAAAACACGAUGCGCGAGCGUCUGACCAAGGACGAUUUGCGUGUGGAGUCGAUUCUCGGAUCGUACAAGUUCACUUCGCAGGCUGUUCGGUUUUUGCUGGGUGACGAACACAAGGAUCUGAACGAGUGCUUUGAAUUCAUGGAGGAGAUGGCUGCUCAGCAGUCGGUGCUCAAGGGACUCAAUCUGAAGAGUCUGCACGAGUGUCGUGCUGCAUGCGCCGAGUUGAUGAAGGCACUGCUCGAGGUGCCCAAAACGACAUCGGACAACAGCAUCAAGUUCCAGCGUGCGCUUUAUCGCGUUAUUGACUGCGUAGAGUCUGUGCUGAACUGCAUGAAGAAGAUCCUCGUGAAGCAGGAGAACCUGGUGCAGAUCUUGACGGACACUCCGUUGAAGCAGAGCUCCUUCUUUUUCCCGGGCGAUGCCCAGCAGUACGCCAACAUGCAGCUGCAACGCCUGGUGAACUCGGAGGCUGCCUUGGACAUUGUGUCGCGAGCGUACCAGCUGCUGACUGUGGAUAACUUCGAUGCGGAGCCACGCUCGGAUGAAGGACGCCGUCGCUUGCGCUUCUUUGCCAACUCUCUCUUUAUGGACAUGCCUGAAGCAAAGCCGAUUCGCAAGAUCCGCUCGCUGACGGUGUCGACUCCGUACUACAACGAAAUCGUGAUGUACUCGAUCAAGGACUUGACGGCUCAAAACGACGAUAGUAUCAAGCUGAUUUACUACCUGAAGACCAUCUAUCCGUUCGAGUGGGAAAACCUGCUUGAAAGGCUUCAGGCCAAAGAUAUGGAAGAGGCUCUGAAGAAAUACCCCGAGGAGGUUCAGCUGUGGGCUAGUUACCGUGGUCAGACGCUGGCGCGUACCGUGCGCGGUAUGAUGUACAACGAAGACGCCAUUCGGUUCCUGCACUGGUUGGAGAUCUGUGAAAACGAGGUGAUGCACCAGCCUGGUUGCCCGUGCAACAAGUGCAAACGCCUAAAUGAAAUGGUUGCGCUCAAGUUCAACUACGUGUGCACGUGCCAGAUCUACGGUAAGCAAAAGGAUGAACAGCGACAGCAGGCUGCUGACCUGGAGUACCUGCUUCGCAAGCACCCAACCCUUCGUGUUGCAUACGUGGACGGCCCCAAAAAGAUGAAGGAAGGCCCUCCGAAGUUCUUCUCCGUCUUGGUGCGUGCUGACGGUGAAAACAUUGCCGAGGUCUACCGUGUGGAGUUGCCGGGUAACCCUGUCAUUGGUGAAGGUAAGCCUGAAAAUCAGAACCACGCCAUUAUUUUCUCGCGCGGUGAGCUGCUCCAGUGUAUCGAUAUGAACCAAGACGGCUACCUCGAGGAAGCCCUGAAGAUGCCGAACCUGCUGUCAACCAAGGACUCCGAAACGAAGAAGUGCCCCUUGACGAUCAUCGGUUUCCGUGAGCACGUGUUUACGGGCGGUGUGUCGAACUUGGCCAGCUUCAUGUCGAUCCAGGAACUGUCGUUUGUGUCUCUGGGUCAGCGUAUGCUGGCGUUGAACCACGUGCGUCAGCACUAUGGUCACCCCGAUAUUUUCGACAAGCUGUUUGCUAUGGGCUGCGGUGGCACUGCUAAGGCGUCCAAGGGUGUCAACCUUUCGGAAGAUAUUUUCGCUGGUUUCAACAGUACCCUUCGCGGUGGCCGCGUCUCACACGAGGAGUUCAUACAGGUGGGCAAGGGUCGUGAUGUGGGUAUGCAGCAGUUGACUCUUUUCGAGGCCAAGCUGUCGUCUGGUGCUGGCGAGUGUGUCAUCUCGCGCGAUGCCAUGCGCAUGGCUUCUCGUCUGGAUUUCUUCCGCCUGCACUCGUGGUUCUACGGUAACUUGGGUUGGUACUUCACGCAGACUAUGACGGUGGUGGGUGUGUACUUCUUCAUCUACGGCAAGGUGUACAUGGCUCUGAGUGGCAUGGACAGCUACUUCCUCGAAAAGGGUGGCCUGGGCAUCGGUGGUACACUUAACACCUCGUGGGCGUUCCAGUUCGGUUUCUUGCUGGUGGUGCCUGUUGUCGCCGUGGUUGGUGUGGAACAGGGUUUCCGUCACGGUCUCACAUAUUUGAUUUGGAACAUCUUGACGCUCGGCCCGUUGUUCUUCACAUUCCAAAUGGGCACGCGUAUGCACUACUUCGACCGCACGUUGAUUCACGGUGGUGCCAAGUACCGCGCUACGGGUCGUGGUUUCACAAUCAAGCACGAGCGUUUUGCCGAGCUUUACCGCUUCUACGCAUUUAGCCACUUCUACCGCGCCGUGGAGCUUGUGUUCUUGUUGAUCCUGUUCCGUGCGUAUGGUACGUUCUCGUGGUGCAAUUGCUCGUGGACGCAGGACGCUCAGUUCUACAACUACUACAAGCCUUCUGACAACGACUGGAACACUCGUUGUUACGCAAACUACUACCAAACGUGCGUGGAGCCGACGAACCAGAACUACGGUGUGAUGUCGUACUCGCUGUGGAUUAUCGCGGCGACCUGGUUGUGGGCCCCGUUCUUCUUCAACCCGAGCGGCUUCGACUGGGACAAAUUGAUCGAGGACUACAGCGACUGGCAGAACUGGCUGAAGACGACGAACGAUUCCGCGGCCAGUUGGUCGGGUUGGUGGUCCAACGAAGUGGAGUACCUGGAGCACUCGACUAGGGGCUCUCGCAUCGUGUCGAUGAUCCGCAAAAUGCGUUUCUUCUUCGUGGCCUACGGCAUGUACCUCCAGUUGGCGUACAAGACGUACUACGAGGACCAGGACCUUGAGAUCGAGAAGGGAUCCAUGAUCUCCUACGCCUUGUCCGGCCUCAUGUUCAUCUUGGUGUUGCUUCUGCUGUGCUGUGGCUACAUCGCUAGCCGUGUCAAGAAGAAAAUGACCUUCAAGCAGAAAAAGCUGCGCAAGAUGAAGUUCGUGCUGUCCUGCUGCGGUCUGCUGGUGGCAUGCGUGAGUCUACUGGUCAUCUCGAUCAUCAACUUGAUCGAGAUCGCGGUGAUCAUCCUUAUCGCCGCGUACUGGUUCCUGCAGCUCUGCGUUUACCGCAACCAGACCAGCCAUGUCGUGGUGCGCGCGAUGGCGCGCUCGUACGACCGGUGGGUGGGCUGGAUCAUCUUUGGUCCCGUGCUCUUCAUCGCCAUGUUCCUGCCCUUCCUCGCGUCCUUCCAGCAGCGCGUCAUGUUCAACAACGCGUUCACGUCUGGUCUCGAGGUGUCGAAGCUCUUCGCGAACGAGGCGGCGUCGUCCACGAGCAAGAUCGUCAAGGUCAAGCGCGUGGCCAAGAAGAAGAAACGGAGUGACUAG